UUAAAAUUUCAUUCGAAAAUGCUACAAUUGAUUAUACUAUUAGAAUUUAUAUUGGCUGGAUAUAUUUUCGCAGAAAAACCUCAUUUGGAUAAAUGUACGAAACUAAUUCCAAAGGAGGUACUGUUUGAAUUAGAGACACCGAAUCAACGUUUCAGUGAUCACACAAUAAAUUAUUUUAUAAAUCUAGUUCGAGCAAUUACCAAUUUUGACAUGAAAGAUGUGAUAUACUAUUAUUUUCCUGAAUUAUACACAAAAUGUGACAAAGACGAUGUACAAAUUCUCUACGGUGGUGAUAUCGGAAUUAAUGCCACGGGUCACUUUUUAUGCGUAUUUUAUAAAGCAGAAAAUCAAACUGUUUAUGUGUAUGAUAGUUUAUAUCAAAAAGAGUUACACGAACGACAAAUGGAAAUUAUCAACAAUCGUUAUCCAAUGAGAAAAUAUAUUACAUUUGUUGAACCAAAAACCAAACAAAUUGAUAAUACUUCGUGUGGAGCAUUUGCAAUAGCGUAUGCAACAACAUUGAUCUUCGGUGAAGAUCCAUAUGAGUAUGAAAUGGAUUUUAAUGGAACCAAUUAUUCGUUGAAUUUGAGAAAACAUAUUCGAAAAAUGUUUGAAUGCUAUGAAUUGAAGCAUUUUCCACGCAAUAUGAAACAGACACAAACAUACACAAACAUGCACUUUCAACGUGAAACUGAUAGAGGUGAUCUUUAGAUUAUCGAAAGCAGCUAAUUUUAUUUCAGUGGAUAUUUUUUGUGAUAAUGCUGUUGGAGCUGAAGAGAUAUUAACAUUUGUCAAAAAUAACCAGAACUUGAAGGAAUUUAAUCUCUUUUUUAUGACAGAAAAUAAAGAUUUAAAACCCAUCUUGGACCAGGUGUGUGAAAAGGAAUGGAAAUCAUUACGUAUUUUAUCACAUUUGAAAUAUCAAUCCAUUGCAAUGGUCAAAUAAAAAAAUUAACAGAUAAUUAAAGUAGUUCGAGUGCGCCUGUAUUUUCAGUAAAUAUUUUGGUUUUGGCUACAUUGCUUUCAGUUUAAUUAUGAAUGUAUUUGAAUUUCUAUAAUAUCUCCUAAUAAAACUAGAAAAAUUUCAA